CCCAACACAAACUGCUGCCUGUGUGAAAUCUAGUCCUUCCUUUUAUCACUUAAUUUCACACUCGCUAUUUGUCACUUUUGCCUUCUUUUUACCGUACAUGAUGGCCCAUGACUUUUCAGGAUUGCGGGGAAAAUGCUUCUAGCCAUUUUCUUGGAAGUCAAGUGUAUCGCUUUGAAAAUCCCGAUCAGUUUCUCACCACAGGUGUGCCAUCAUCCCGACUGUCAGGAUCUGAACAAUAAGAGCCCUCUUCACCUGUGUGAGUCAUGCGACUCCCGCUGCCACUCUGACGAGACCGACAACAUGCACUUUGACCGUCACCCUCGCUUUGACCUGCAACCACAAAGUUCCAUCCUGGCUCGGAAUGUGUCUACUCGCUCCUGCCCCCCUCGCACCAGCCCUCCUUCUGACCCGGACGAGGAGGAGGAGGGCAGCCCAGAGAAAGGGGAGCGUAAGGUAGUACCGAUGAAGAUAAGGAAGAAGCCCCGGAGACGUUACACUGAUGACCCAACCAAAGAGUGCUUCACUCUCAAAUUUGACCUGAACGUCGACGUAGACACGGAGAUCGUUCCUGCCGUGAAAAAGAAGACACUGAGAGAGAUUCUCGGGCCUGUUUUUGAGCGCAAGGGAAUUGAGCUGUCUCGAGUUGACUUGUUCCUGGACCAGUCCAACACCCCCCUGUCGCUCAGCUUCGAGGCCUAUCCUUUUGGAGGACACUACAUUAAAGUUAAAGCUCGUCCUGGCGAUGAGCUGAAGGUGGAGAAGGAAGUGAAGGAGUCUCACACACUGCCCAAUAUGAAGAUUUCAGGUGGGGGUAGUCCCUACAUCCUCAACCCCUCCCAUGAUAAGGUUGAACAGGGCUCACUUACCCGCCAAGAGAAUGUGGACAUACUGGGUCAGAGUCAAGCACGCCGGCGGAAGAACAUGACCGAAUUCCUGGGAGAUGCCAACAUCCCGUCUCCAGACUCCCUGGCCCAGCUCGGUGGUUCUCUUCCAACCAUCGCCUCUUCUAGUUACGAUAAACAAAAGAACACAAGACCUACUAGCCGCUUUAGCGGUUUCUUCUUCACCUCUUACAAGGAGGUGGACCGUGUGGAGCAGCUCAACAAUAGACUCCAGAUGUACACGUACCAUGGCUUGCCUAAGAUGCAUCCACACCUCUUCUUCCACCAUGACUCCUGGGAGGAGGAGGAAGUGGAGCCUGACCUGACACUGGAGGACAGCUGGCAACAGCUGCUGGAGAACCCAGAGACUCUGAGCAGGCGGCAAUUCCACCAGCAAGAGGCGAUAUGGGAGCUGAUGCACACUGAGGCCACCUACAUCAAGAAGCUGAAGGUCAUCACUGACCUUUUCCUGUGCGGCCUGCUAAACCUGCAGGACUGCGGCCUCCUUAACGAAGUGGAGCCAGCCAAGCUGUUCAAUAACAUCCAGGACCUGGUGCGAGUACACACAGCACUGUGGAGUCAGGUCAUGGUACCGGCGCUGCAGAAAGCUCGCAAAGACCGGAGCCUGCUCGAUCCAACCGAUCUGUUCCAGGGCUUCCAGACUUUUGCGUCCAGGUUCCAGCCGUACCUGCGCUAUUGCAUGGAGGAGGAGAGCUGUAUGGAGUACAUGCGCACUCAGCUGAGAGACAACGAGCUCUUCAAGAUCUACAUCACAUGGGCUGAAGGGAACAAGCAGUGCAAUCGGUUGAAGCUGGCCGACAUGCUGGCGAAGCCACACCAGAGACUCACCAAAUACCCCCUGCUGCUCAAAACCAUUCUGAAGAAAACAGAUGAACCUGCAGCAAAGGACUCUCUCCUGAGCAUGGUGGCGAGUGUCGAGAGCUUCAUCAACAGUGUGGACUCGCAGAUGCUGCAGAGGCAGGAACAGCAGAAACUGGCGUCCAUUUCAGCUCGAGUAGAGAGCUACGAGGCGGUGGAGGGCGGCAGUGAAGAAGUGGAGAGGCUCCUGAAAGAGUUUAACCACAUUGACCUGACCGCGCCGAUGAUCGACGUCUCUUCAGAAGAGACCAGACAGCUCCACCUAGAGGGAGCGCUGCGUAUGAAAGAAGGCAAAGACAGCAGGAUGGAAGUCUAUUGCUUCUUAUUCACCGACCUCCUGCUCAUCACGAAGCCUGUGAAGCGUUUAGAGAAGGUGAAAGUGAUCCGGCAGCCCCUCCUUCUUCAUAAUGUCGUGUGCAAGGAGCUCAAAGACCCAGGUUCUUUUGUUCUCAUCUACCUCAAUGAGUUCAAAAGUGCUGUAGCUGCUUACUCAUUCCAGGCCAACAGCGCCUCCCAGGGGCGAAGCUGGAUUGAUACAAUCAGCACUGUGAAGACCCAACUGCAGCGUCUGCGUUUCGAGGAGACUCGACGGCACCAGGCUGGACAAAAACCAAGGCUAGAGAAAGAAGAGGAGGAGGAUGGAGGUGAGCAGAGCAGUAACUCCACUGCCAGCUCUCCACGGCUUGGAAAUAAAGGACAACUCAGCACAGGGAACUCGGACGGCUCCACAGAGACCCUGUCCGUGAUGGAAACGGAGGAUUCAGGAGCGUGCUCGGAUAUGCAAACCGAUUCCGACACCAUACCAUCCUCCCUCCCCAGCAGCGCUGAGCUGCAGCCUUCCCAACAUGCCCCAGAGGGCUCAGAACUUGACCCGGAGUAUCGCAGUCAGUCCAUGGACAGUGCCUAUGGCACACUUUCCCCUGAGUUACUGGCGGAUCUGCAAAGUCAGACACCCACCAGCGAGCAGGAGAGCACAGAGGAGGAGGCCGAGGGAGACGGUAGAGAGGUAGCAGCAGAGGAUGCGGAGAAAGAGGAAGAAGAGGAAGAGUCUGAUGACAGGAGCUCAUCAGGCUCUCGAGUCUCGGUAGCAUCUCAUCUGAAACCCAGGCGGCGUCCACCGGUGCAGUCUCGCAUGCACGCUCUGCAGAAGCUGGGAAAUAAGUGUCAUUCAGAGGACAAUCUGCUGCAGCGGGUCAAUGGACAGGACGCUCUGGGCACAGACAAAGACAUUUCACAGUGUUCAGGUGCCCCUUACCAGCUGGGUCUGGAGUGGGCAGAAGGGCUGGCCUACAGCAAGAGCCUGACCGAUCUGAACCUAGAGAACAUCGAAACGUCUCACCAGAGAGAAACGGAGAGAUCACAGAGUGAGCGACUGGCGCACAGCUUGCCGGCCUAUGUGUUGAGGAACACACUGAGGCGCCGCAACUACAAAAAGGACAGCAAGAAAGGCAUAAUGGACUGUAGUGGCUCGGAUGGAGAAAUUGCACCUCAGGAGGGGAAAUGUGGAGUUUCAGUGGAUGACAUGGGCAGUGGGAAGACAUCACGGCAGCACAAGAAGCUCACGCUGAAACAGCUAUACAGAAUACGCACCACACUGGUGCUGAACUCCACACUUACAGCCUCGGAAGUGUAGAAAUGGCCAUUUCACCACCACUCUGCCAGCAGCACCGCUUUCAGCCUGACCGGACUGACUUGCUUGCCACAUGAGUGCACUCUAACCAAUAAGCAGAACUCAUGAGCUGGUUUUUUUUUUUUUUGCACUUUUGUAAUAAUACAAGUAGCUUUAAUAACGGGGGAGCUAAGCUUUAGGAGGAAAAGAUCUUCAAUAUGGGAAAAGUUCCAGCCUUGGUCUGGUUCAUUUGUGCACUUGGACCCGAUCAGAAGGGGAGGAAAGGACGGAGGAGUCGAAGGGUCCGAUUCAAGCCUACAGUUAAAUAAUGGCACCUUGGAUUUAUAGAAAUUUACCUUCACUGUUCACGUGAGGCAUUUCAUGAGUUCAAAGAUACAAAUCUCUCAAUCACAGUACUUUUCUUUUUCAAAGUAUACACAUUAUUCUACAGUGGAGAAUUACUGUACCUCUGAUUUGGAGGCGAGUUUCAUUUCAUGUUUGUGCCCUCAGCUUCGAGUUCAGACUGUCCAGGUGACUUUCUGACAUGGAUAUCUCCGCGCUUAAGAGGCAAUGAGUGUUCCUGCAGCUGCCAUAUGUUAGGAGAAAAGAAAGCCAUACUGAGGUCAAAUGGAGGCUUGUCUCUAUGAGGAAAAAAAACAAAACCAAAAAUUAGGCUGUUUAUUGCACAGUUGAAAAGUUUGAGCAAUCUGUUAACAGUUCAUGUAUUCACUGUAUUUGUGUGUGUGUGUGUGUGUGUGAGACAUUGACUGUGAAUAUGUAAUGCCAUCAAGGGUGUGUGUGUGUAAAUUAUGACCUAAAAUACAUGCUGAAACCAAAAAUAACUCUUUGAUGAUGGGAUGGGAAAUGACUUGAGUAGCCACUGAAUAGGCUACAUAAAACACGAGGACCAGUAUUAACAGUACAGCAGCAGUGAUUGCUGAUCACUUAUCGUGUUAAAAUCAAUACGCGCUCAUUAUCUCUGCCAGUUUACCACUUGAGGGUAGAUCCUUACUCUUGACGUGAACUAGGGUGUAAGAAGAGAGAGUCAGGGUUCCACACACAAGUGACACAAAACUGAAUUUCUUUAUUAAAACUGAACAUCAAAUGAGCUUUGCUUUAAGACUGAAACACAAAAAAAAAAGUGGUCAGGUUUUACGUUUUGAAAUAAUUGAGAGAAGGUCCUCAUCAAGGCUUUACUCUCAAGCUCUGUAACACUGCGAUACUGCCUGCGUACAUUUCCUACUCAUGUUGGAUCACGAUCAAUAUCAUAUGGUUGUUUUAGAAUUAAUGGGGAGUCAUCUGAUCUCAGAUCAGCACUUAUGAGGAUCCACUUUUGGAAUUUUUGAGCUAAUUCAAGACACUGAACAUAUAACAGGAUUUGGGUUUAGACUGAAUUACCAGGUUUCUCCAAACCUCACAUUAACAUUAGUGUUAUUUGUGAAAAAUAGUGAGCAAAUGGCCUACCUGGUUUCUUAAGUGUUUAAAGGUGUGAGAAUUACAUUCUGCCUAAUUUACUAAACCAAAUCCUUAUAAAUGUACCAUUUUUUUUUUUUGUAAAUUUUCCCAAAAUUAAUAUUGUGCAUUAAUUGUUUACUACUUAGUUGUUUUUUUUUGUUCGUAAUAUUUAUUAAGCUUGCUUUGUUUUUAUAUAUGAAAUAUGGUUUGUAAAUGUAUUGUUUUUCAUUACUUUUUUCAGGUUUAAUUUGUUAAAUUGUCAUUUGUUUAAUUAAGAGGUUAAUCUGCUGAGAACCAAAAUAACCUUGUUCCUAGUGUUGGGGAAAACGUUCCUGUGUGAAAUAAAACUGCAUCUGAUCUGCUUUUCA